AUGUUUCCUUUAUACAAGGCACCAUUGCAAAGUAACUUUCACUCAUUCUAUUAUUUCGUAAACGCACCGCACUCCAUAAGAAAAGGAAGAUAUCAUUUAUAUAUCUUAUUUCUACUUUGUAGACAAAAUGAUGGCCAGUCAGUCCAUGUGAGAGAGCGUCGGAGGAGGAGAGUAAAUCCGCCACCACUACCACCGCAGCCACCACCCGCAGCAGCACCACCACAAGACGCUGUACCAGAUGCACCACCACCCCCACCACCACCAGGCGCUCUACCAGCUGCACCAGCACCACAACCGCAAACUGUACCAGCAGCACCAGCACCACAACCAGAAGCUGUACCAGCAGCAGCGCAAGCACCAGCACCAUCACCACCAGAAGUUGUACCAGCCCCACCAGCACCACAAUUGGAAGCCGCACCAACUGCACCAGUACUACAAGAUGCACCGGAAGCAAUACCGGCCGCAGCUCCAGCUGCACCAGCGCUACCACAACCCGCAGCAGCUGAGCAGUUUCAUGUUACUCAGGUGGAUACACUGAAAGACUUUCAGGCUUGGAUUGAACGCACCCCGUUAUGGUUCAAAAGGUACCUGGAUGCACGGGAGGAUCGGAUUCACGCAUUGAGACUCGUGUUGAGACUAAGAAUGUUUUGUGAGGAUUAG